AUGGCUUCUUCCUCGUACAAUCACACUAAUUACCAAGAUAUGUGGUACGUCCUUAUUGGAAUCCCAGGACUGGAAGAUGUGCACAUCUGGAUUGCCAUCCCCAUCUGUUCUAUGUACAUUGUGGCCAUUGUAGGAAAUAUCUUCUUGAUCUUCCUGAUCAUGACUGAGCGCAGUCUCCAUGAGCCCAUGUACCUCUUCCUUUCCAUGUUGGCCUUAGCAGACAUCCUGCUCUCCACAGCUACAGCCCCGAAGAUGCUGGCCAUCUUCUGGUUCCAUUCCAUGAACAUAUCCUUUGGUAGCUGUGUAUCCCAGAUGUUCUUUAUACAUUUCAUCUUUGUAGCAGAAUCUGCUAUUCUUCUGGCCAUGGCAUUUGAUCGCUACGUGGCCAUCUGCCACCCACUGAGAUACACCACAAUCUUAACCUCCUCGGUCAUUGGAAAAAUUGGCAUAGCAGCUGUGGUCAGAAGCUUUCUAAUCUGCUUUCCAUUCAUCUUUCUGGUAUACCGGCUUAUAUAUUGUGGGAAAAACAUCAUUCCCCAUUCCUACUGUGAGCACAUGGGCAUUGCCAGGUUGGCUUGUGACAAUAUCAAAGUGAACAUCAUUUACGGCCUGACUGUGGCCCUACUGUCUACAGGACUGGAUAUAGUGUUCAUCAUUACAUCCUAUGCAAUGAUCCUUUGUACGGUUUUCCAGAUACCGUCCUGGUCUGCCAGAUCCAAGGCCCUUAACACAUGUGGCUCCCACAUCUGUGUCAUACUUUUGUUCUAUGCCCCAGCAUUCUUUUCAUUUUUUGCCCAUCGCUUUGGGGGCAAAACUAUCCCUCACCAUAUCCACAUCCUAGUUGCCAACCUGUAUGUGGUGGUCCCCCCGAUGCUAAAUCCUAUCAUUUAUGGGGUAAAAACCAAACAGAUUCAAGAGCGAGUGAUUUUGUUUUUCUCCCCCAUCAGCACCUGUUGUUAA